AUGUCAAAUUCUUGUCAAAAAAGAUAUCAUCGAAUACUUCAACGCAAAAAAGAAAAGCGAAAACAGGAAAAAGUUCGCAGGAAAAUGACUUUGCGCAAUAAAAUAAGGGCAGAUAUAGAACUAAACCGUUAUCACAGCAAAAAGUUUAUAAAGAAGGAGGUUUCUAACAGAUUGCAGGUCGCACUGCAUGAAGGAAUGAGGAUCUACAUAGAUUGUUCUUAUGAAGCUCUUAUGUCUCCUAAAGAAUGUAAUAAAUUCGCUCAACAACUAUGUCGUCUUUAUGGCGCAAACAAAAAAGCAACGAAGCCCUUAAGCAUUAACCUUGUGAAUUUUUCACAACAUGGACCUUUGUUCCAUGCUUGCCAGUCCAAAUGUGAUGGAUUCCUAAAGUACAAGAUUGGAUUGUACUCUGAAACACCAUCAAGCAUCACGCCAGAAAAUAUAGAAAUCGUGUACCUCAGUCCGGACGCAAAAGAACCACUGAUAUCUUUAUCGGAAAAUUGUGCGUACGUCCUAGGGUGUCUUGUGGAUGAGCAUAUAUUAAAGGGACGAAGCCGACAAGAAGCUGAAAAUCAGGGUUACCGUGCCGUGCGACUCCCAAUUGAAGAGUUCACAUCUGGAAAAAUAUCUAACCCUGUGCUAGCGAUAAAUCAUGUCGUCGAUAUAUUGUUAGCGUACAUGGCGAAUGGUGGUGACUGGAAGGACGCCUUAUAUUCUAAAUUGCCCGGACGAUUUUUGAAAUAA